GCCAAAGACAAGAUUCUUCAUUGAGCUAUAGGAUGAAGAUAUUUGCAGUGGCUGCUCUGGUCCUGCUGGGGACACUGUGUCCAUGCGUAAAGGCACAAGUCAGCACACCUGUAGAUAUUCUAUGGCAAGCUGCAGCUAAUUGGACUGGGCCUCUGCCCUGUGGAGGAUGGGACUGUGACUGUGUGUUCAGUAAUUCAAAAGGCUGCUGUUGUGUGGCUGUACCUGUUUUCCAGCUGGAAGAGGCAACCUUCAUGCGCUUGGUGGGCCUAUGGAAGGAUCUGAACAGUCUCAAUAACCAGAUUCAGGAAAUUACAGGGAGAGGUAAUGUAGCAUUUGCAGCUACACUGACACCUUUUACUGGAUGCGUUGGACCUUACAACAAGAACGUGUCAAUGUCUUACUGGAAUGUCACACUAAACCAAGGCUAUGGGUAUAAUCCUGCAUUAGGAACGUUCACAGCCCCUCGUGCUGGCCUUUACUCCUUCUCCUACACGGUUUAUUCUAAUGUGGGAGCAGAAGGAGAGCGUAUCUACCACAAGGUACAGCUAAUGAAAGAUGGCCAGGUGAUAGCCUCUUCCUGGGAAGACAACCGUGAGGACUCGGAGGACAGCGCAACACAGACGGUGCUCCUUCAGAUGAAACAAGGCAACCAGGUUUAUAUGGAGCUGGUGCUUGGAAGGUUUCUGUGUGCAGACACGCAGGGCUACAACUCCUUCAGUGGAUAUCUGGUCUAUCCUAUGUCUGAUAUUUAGAACACAUAUGUACAAGUGUAGUAGUUGUGUAACUUCAGUCAAUAACGAUAGCAACUGGAGCAUUAUGUUGUCUCAGUAUAUGUAGAGUGCACUUAAUAUUACCUGCACGCGACCAUGACUAAAUAAACCAAGCAGAUAUGCGAAUAUAGUAAAUGUGAUUUAAAUCAUCAGUACCUUUAU